GUAUCCACUUUUUUUUGUAUUACAAAGCUGCCUAUAAACUUGAAAACAGUGAGCAAUGGGUAUAAAAGGUAUUAUGAAUAGAAGCCUUCACCAUAAUAUCCCAUUGCCUUGUGCCUUGCAGAGGAGGCAAAAAUGAAUCAACUCCUGUACAUCGCUGUGUUCGUCAUAGCUUUUACGAUCCAAAAGCAAGCGAUUGCUGUGGAGCUAAAGAUCAGUCAAAGAAAUAAGAGGAUUGCAAAUCUGGAGCCUCAGAUAAAACUGAAAUAUUUCGACAUUCAUAGCUUAAACGAGAAAUACGCGACCAUACAUUUAUAUUCAAUCGAGAAACAGAAUGCUACGUAUAACAGACUCCAAAAAAUAAUGACUUUAAAUCGGGAUUUUCCACCUGUCACAAUCGAUGUUAGGGUGUACGCUACGGAUGAAUAUUACGAAAAUUCCAAACUUUUGCUAAAAUUGGAUGUGCCUGUUUGCUCAGAAAGUCCUUAUCGUGAACUUUUGCCCAAAGCCCUGGUAGUGCCUAAAACCAUGUUGAAAGACAAGUGUCUGAAGAAAGGAGACUUGAAUACCGAUGACCUAGGAAUAUUCAGAUUUGAUGCCUUAAUACCAAACCUUCAUGAGAUCAGUGACUACUACAAAGUUGAUUAUAAUAUGACAACGGCCGAUCGCAAAGAAAUCAUAGCUGAAGAGACCUUGUUUACCGAAUGGGGAUAUUUACAUACUCAAUAAUCAUAUUUCAUGUGAAAAAAAAUCCAUAAUUUAGAAUAUCAAAUAAACAUCAUUACUUCCUACACGUA